GUGGAGAGAGACCGGCGCCGACACGGGAGAGACCGGGCACGGCGGAGACUGGAGAGACCGAGCACAGCAACACUUGGACAGGAAUCAAGUAGCCUUAAACAUUAGAGCAAAACCCGUCAAAAACCAGGGCUUCCUUUGAAGACUCAACUACGGCACAUGUAUGAAACCGAAUCCCGAGAUAUGAGGACAUUUGGGCGCAUCGCCACCUUGUUCAUUGUGACUGGAGACGAUUAAAUAGUGAAAAUCACAAUAGCCGUGCAGGACUGUCCCUUGUCAGUCCUAGAGGCAGACCGCCACUCAGACAGUCAUGGAUCUGAGAGUAGACGGAGGAAUCAGCUAGCGCUGCACUGCCGCCUGACCCAAGGAGACAACCGAGACAAGACCACCGGGACCCCGUCGAGAAUGGAUCUGGGCACGGUUCGGGACCUUAUCAGCCGAUAUUGCACGGGACAGGAAAACUGGGUGGACAGCCGGACAGUGUACAUCGGACACAAAGUCCCACCACCGGGCGCCGAGGCCUACAUCCCUCAGAGAUACCCCGACAACAGAAUCGUCUCCUCCAAGUACACGUUUUGGAACUUUGUACCGAAGAAUUUAUUUGAGCAGUUCAGAAGAAUUGCUAAUUUCUACUUCCUUAUAAUCUUUCUUGUACAGUUGAUUAUUGACACUCCCACCAGUCCCAUCACGAGCGGUUUGCCCCUUUUUUUCGUCAUCACCGUCACCGCCAUCAAACAGGGAUACGAGGACUGGCUCCGGCACAAGGCAGACAAUGCCAUCAACCGCUGUCCCGUCCACGUGGUCCAGGACGGCAAAGUCGUGUGCAAGCAGAGCCGCAAGCUGCAGGUGGGCGACGUGGUCCUGGUGAAGGAGGACGAGACGUUCCCCUGUGACCUCAUCCUGCUGUCCACCAGCAGGGACGACGGCACGUGCUUCGUCACCACCGCCAGCCUGGAUGGGGAGUCCAGCCAUAAGACCUAUUAUGCAGUUCAGGACACCAAGGCCUUUAACACAGAAAAGGAGGUAGACACACUACAGGCCACUAUAGAAUGUGAACAACCCCAGCCGGACCUGUACAAAUUUGUGGGACGCAUCAGCAUCUAUUUGGACCGAGAUGAGCCCAUUGCAAGGCCCCUCGGUUCCGAGAACCUGCUGCUGCGCGGGGCCACACUGAAAAACACGGCGCACAUAUACGCUGUGGCCAUCUACACGGGCAUGGAGACCAAAAUGGCCCUGAACUACCAGUCCAAAUCCCAGAAGCGCUCUGCUGUGGAAAAGUCUAUGAAUGCCUACCUGAUCGUUUACCUCUGCAUCCUGAUCAGCAAAGCACUGAUCAACACCGUCCUCAAGUACGUGUGGCAGGCCGACCCCGACAGAGACGAGCCCUGGUACAACCAAAAGACCGAGACCGAGAGGCAGCGGCACGUGCUGAUACGGGCGUUCACGGACUUCCUCGCCUUCAUGGUCCUCUUCAACUACAUCAUUCCCGUGUCCAUGUACGUCACCGUGGAGAUGCAGAAGUUCUUAGGCUCCUACUUCAUCUCGUGGGACGACGAGAUGUUUGAUGAGGAACUGGGAGAGGGCGCCCUCGUCAACACAUCGGACCUCAACGAGGAGCUCGGCCAGGUGGAGUACGUCUUCACCGACAAGACGGGCACGCUGACGGAGAACAACAUGGAGUUCAUCGAGUGCUGCGUGGACGGCCACGUCUACGUGCCCCACGCCAUCUGCAACGGGCAGAUCAUGCCGGGCGCCGCCUCCAUGGACAUGAUCGACUCCUCGCCCGGCAUCGAGGGCAAGGAACGCGAGGAGCUGUUUUUCCGGGCGGUGUGUUUGUGCCACACCGUGCAGGUGAAGGAGGAGGAGACUGUGGAUGGCAUUAAGCGGGGCCUCCAUCAGGGCCGGACCUCCUCCAUCUACAUUUCCUCUUCCCCCGACGAGGUGGCACUGGUGGAAGGCAUGAAAAGGCUGGGCUUCACCUACCUGCGUCUGAAGGACAACCACAUGGAGAUCCUGAACAGGGAGGACAAGAUGGAGAGGUUCGAGCUGCUGGAGGUGUUGAACUUCGACUCCGUCAGGAGGAGGAUGAGCGUCAUCGUCAGGUCCAGCUCAGGGGAGCUGUACCUGUUCUGUAAAGGCGCCGACUCAUCCAUUUUCCCCCGGAUCGUCUCGGGGAAAGUGGCGCGCGUGCAGGAACACGUGGAGCACAAUGCGGUGGAAGGUUUACGGACUCUCUGUGUGGCCUAUAAGAAGCUGAGUGGGGAGGACUACGAGGAAGUGUGCCAUCACCUGAGCAGCGCGAGGCUAGCCCUGCACGACCGGGAUAAGAAGCUAGCUGAAGCUUACGACCUCAUCGAGAGGGACUUCAUCCUGCUCGGAGCGACGGCCGUCGAGGACAGACUGCAGGAUAAAGCGGCCGACACCAUCGAAUCCCUGCACAAGGCCGGCAUGAAGGUGUGGGUGCUCACAGGGGACAAGAUGGAGACGGCGGCAGCCACGUGCUAUGCCAGCAAGCUGUUCCGCCGCUCCACCCAGAUCCUGGAGCUGACCACGAAGCGCGCCGAGGAACAGAGCUUGCACGACGCGCUGUUCGAACUGAGCAAGACCGUGCUUCGACAGCAGGGCAGCAUGAGCCGUGACACCUUCUCAGGUCUCUCGGGCGAGUUCCAGGACUACGGGCUGAUCAUCGACGGCGCGACGCUGUCCGCGGUGCUGAAGCCCGCCCAGGAGGGCGGCGGGGGCAACUACAGGGACAUCUUCCUGGAGAUCUGCAGGAGCUGCAGCGCCGUGCUCUGCUGCCGCAUGGCCCCCCUGCAGAAAGCGCAGAUCGUUAAGCUGAUCAAGGCCUCGAAAGAGCACCCCAUCACGCUGGCCAUCGGGGACGGGGCCAACGACGUCAGCAUGAUUCUGGAGGCCCAUGUGGGCAUAGGCAUCAUGGGUAAGGAGGGGCGCCAGGCGGCCCGCAACAGCGACUACGCAGUACCGAAAUUCAAACACCUGAAGAAGAUGCUCCUCGUGCACGGACACUACUACUACAUCAGAAUCUCCGAGCUGGUGCAGUACUUCUUCUACAAGAAUGUGUGUUUUAUAUUUCCUCAGUUCCUUUAUCAGUUCUUCUGUGGCUUCUCACAGCAGCCCCUGUACGACACGGCGUAUCUCACCCUGUACAACAUCAGCUUCACUUCCCUGCCCAUCCUGUUAUACAGUCUGAUCGAGCAGCACAUUAACGCGGACAUUCUGAAAAGGGAACCGUCUCUCUACAGGGACAUUGCGAAGAAUUCUCUCCUGCAGUGGCCUGUUUUCAUCUACUGGACAUUUUUGGGGGUCUUUGACGCAAUGGUCUUCUUCUUCGGCGCCUUCUUCCUGUUUGACAACACCACCUUCACCAGCAAUGGACAGCUAAUGGCCACCAACACGCAGAUGAUGUUUGGAAACUGGACGUUCGGAACUCUAGUGUUUACAGUGCUGGUAUUUACGGUCACUUUAAAGCUUGCUCUUGACACACACUACUGGACAUGGAUCAACCACUUUGUCAUUUGGGGGUCGCUGCUGUUCUAUGUAAUCUUCUCCCUGCUUUGGGGGGGUAUUAUUUGGCCCUUUCUGAACUACCAGAGGAUGUACUACGUCUUCAUGCAGAUGCUGGCCAGUGGGCCAGCCUGGCUGGGCAUCGCCCUGCUGCUGGUGGUCAGUCUGCUGCCCGACGUGCUCAAGAAGGUCCUCUGCAGAGCCCUGUGGCCCACCACCACGGAGAGAAUGCAGAACGCAGAUAAGCUGUACAGAGGUCCUCUGUCAGAGUUCACCCCUCUCUCCCCCCUCCACGGCCCCCCUGUCCGGGGCAGGCAUGGUGACGAGGGGCUGGGUCACUCCCACCACAGGUCUGACUCCUCCCCUCGUAAAAAAGUGAUGUACACCCACUGGGGGGGCGGGCCCGAUUACUGCACGUUCCGCUCUUUCCUCUGGUCUGGGGAAACGCAGAGGCUGUCCACGGAAGCGUACGAUUACACCCCACCUGGGCCCGAAACGUCUGUUUAAACGUCCCUUACAGAGAAGCACAUAAAGUCCAGACUAGUAUUUUUUUGGCGGGGGGGAACUGACAUGGUUUCUUUCAGACUAGCCCACUGGUCUAGAUGGGCUCGCAGUCUUAUAGUCCUACAGCCAGACUGGCUUGCUGUUUUAUACUGUCAUAUAUUAAACACCGAUCUGGAAUCGAUUCUCAUGCCAACAGCUGUGAAGAGGUGUUUAAAUACGCACUCUCGGUGCACAGACGUUCCACCAAGGCUGCCCACAGCGAUUGGGCCGUGGGUCGCUCCACGGGAAUGUUCAAAGAACUGUGUUAAGGGGCCUUGGGACCCUUUUACCUUGAGUCCUGUGUGUGUAUAUGUGUGUGGGGGGGUAGUAUGCCCAAUCAUCUGUUCUCUUAUCCCAUAUAAAAAUUACUUGACUUGAAUACACUGGCACUGAGCAGCUAGCAUCUAGGUUCCCUCUCUCUGAACGUGGCUGUGACAUUUAAACGGCCUCGCAUGCUUUGAAGGCCGAUCAUCAUAUUUUUCUGUUCUUUCUUCUCUUCACCUUCUGCCUUUCUCUUUUUUUAAAUGAUAUUUUUAUUACUAUUUAUCUAUUUAUUUCUUCUUCUUUUUUUUAUAGAGCAAACUGGUGUUGCCUUUGUGCAGAUCUGUUUUUGAGGAACACCCCGUAAGCCGCAGCCGUGUUCCACUGUAAGUGGCUUCAUUUUGGCCGUUGUCACCGUCACUAGAUUAGAAGUGGACGAGGGUGUGUCUGUGGACCGGCUGCCACACUGACAUCCUCGAGUCAUAUAACACAGUCUGUGACUAGACUGUCUCUUCGGUUUCUUCCAAAGAGAAGAAACUCUUUUGUAGUGCCAGAAACGCUAAAACUAGCAGCUUCGCUAGCGUUUUUGGCACCAGAGCCAUCUGUCCACCCUAGCUCUGCCUUAUUGCUUCAACCUCUCCCAUGUCUCGCGUCGUAGUUCGGACACCAAAGCUUGUAUAAACCGAGUAAA